AUGAAGCUGGAGCAAUAUCCAUUCCCACCGCAAUAUCAAACACCUAGUUCAGGCAUAAUGGUUUCAGACAGUUCAAUUUAUUUGCCACCUGAACCCCAUACGCCAAUGCCGUAUUUUGCUGUCAAUGACAUGAACAAACUACCAUACCAAUUUUUGCCACCCAGUGCCACAAAAGCACCAUCGGUCUACCCGUCGUCACACCAAAUUAUAUUUUCUUCUACAAUGAGACCAAACUUUGAUGAUGAGGAUGAUGAUGAUGACGAUGAACACCAAAUACGAAUUUCGUCAACAAAACCUAUAUUUAAACAAAAUCAAGAAUCAAUACCAAAAAAUGUAACUGAACAGAUGCAUGAAAGGAGAGACAUAAGAACUCUUCCUAAAAUGUUCAGUUUUGAACAACACCCUCAAAAUAGAAUUGACGGAAAACAGCCAGCAUUAUUGCAACACGUUACAACGCAACAACCACUCAAUCAAAACACCGCUUCUAGACGCAUGAUAUUAACAAGUGAACUACAGAGAAACGAUGUUAAUGACCAUUCAAAAUCAUAUAACUCACAAUUUCAACUCCCUAAUAUAUUCUUUUCAUCGACAACAGAGCCAUCUAUUCCUAUACUACGUCUCUCCAACGAAAUGGACUUAGACGGUAGCUUCAGUUAUGAAGCAUUAGGUGCAGACCAGACCCAUUACGUGCAACAUAGUCGCAUGGAAAAUAUGGGCUCUGGCAAAGAAGAACAAGUAGUGGAAGGCUCAUACUCUUAUGUUGGCGAUAAUGGACAAACGUAUACAGUCCAUUACAUAGCAGAUUCUAAUGGAUAUCGAGCCAGUGGAGAUCAUCUACCAUCACCACCACCAAUACCGGAGAUCAUACAGCGAGCUGUUCAGUAUAACUUAGCUGAAGAAGCAAGAAGACCUCCGAACAUGAGAUCUUCUUGGGAGGACAAUGAUUCAGACAAUGAAAAUAACGCAGCAGAUAAGGGUUCACAUUACGCACCUACACGAGGAUUAUUUACGGGAAAAACUCCAGAAGCGUUUUCAUUUGGAUUUGCACAAAAUUCUAACUUACAAAAUAAUCAAGUUGUAACAUCGGCAAGUUCUCACAUACCAAAAACUAACUUUGAUAUAGCUGUGGAAUUAAGUAAAGCCAAACCAAACCCAAUAUCGCCACAAAUAACAUUUUCAGCUUCACAAGGUACUCGGAAUCCCUCUUCGUCGCCACAAUCGCAACAAUCCAGGACAAUAUCAGUAGAAAAACAAACACUACCACAAAUAAUGAACUAUGAGGCUAAUUCAAGAGAUAUGGAUCAAGAAAACAAACCAUUUUGGAGGUGGCAAUACGGAAUGAAUGUAAAUAACGCUGAACAAAAUCCAAACAAAAAUACAAUAUCACGAUCUUUUGCUGAGGGAGAUGACGUUAUUAUAAACUUUAAUGACAUGACUCCGCAACAAUAUACAGAUAUGAUUCAAAGACAAUUUUUAGGUCAAAAUGAAGCUGCAGUUUAUGAUAAUAGUUUAAAAACCUUUCCAUCAUCUACACCAAAUUCAAUAGUGACACAAGUUCCUAAUUUUAUAACAAGUACAAUGAAAAAUUUUAAUGAAAACGAAAACCAACAAAUCGAAUAUUCGACUCCAAAGAGCAAUAUGUAUUCAUAUGCAAAUAAUAACCAGGACUUUAAAAACAUGAAUAAUAUACAAAAUCAACCGGACAUCAGCAAUGGCUAUUCUACCUUAAGAACUGAACAUGUAUACUCUACAUCAACCGAGAGCAUUAACAAUAAUAACAAAUAUAAUGAAGAAAUAAAAAUUCAGCCAAAACCUCCAACGCCAAAUCCAUACAUAGGCUUAAUUCGACAGCAACAUUUUCUACCACCAAAUCAAAUAGUAACACGGUCCUAUGAUUAUGAAGACCGACCAUAUGAACCAGAAAAGGUUACGAAAUCGAUUGACUUACAUUUCAAUAAUAAUGAAAGACAUAACACAAAUCAGCAAAAUUUAAACAUACCACCGAGUAGUUAUUGGCAGUCAUUUAAUGAUAUCAGCAGAACCACAACGGCAACUCCUUUUCAACAUAGCACUUUCAAUAACAUACAAUCCACCGACAUGACAAAAACGGAAGAAAACAGCAGUUUUAGACCAAUAACUUUCACAAAAGAUCAAUCAACCACAACAACGGAAAAGAGCAUGGAAGAGUUACUUCAAGGGAACAUAUUUUUAAAGAAUAUUGUCCGUAGUAAAAAGGAAGAAAACGUCGAAAAAUAUGAGGCUGAACCUAAGGAAGAGAAAAUUAGUUUUAAAAAUGAAGGUAAGAUUGAAAAACCUAAACACAUUCAAUCUCUUAUCAAGCCGCAAAAAGAGUUAAAAACAUUACAGAAAAAACUAGACAUGAACGAUGUACUCAAUUACAUCGCGAUGAAAAAUCAUUUCGAACUUGCAAAGACGAAGCCCAAAUCUUUAAAUAGUAAUAAUUAUCAAAACAAACCCUCACCCAAUUUUAUUCCAUUACGAGAAGACAAACGGGAAAGCGGUGAAAGGGUUGAACAAGAAAGUAAUACUCAUAGAACAGUGAAUCAACAACAAGAAGAAUUACAAGGUAUGAUAAAGAAUUACAAAGUUCUUCAACGUCAAAGAAAUUCAGGUCAAAAUCUGAAUCAUUACACGGAAACCCAGCCGAGACACGUAAAGACUUUUCAGUCUGACAGUUUACCCCCCUUGGGUCGGGCAGGACCUUCGAUGAAAAGCUAUUUGCCUCCAGCAUAUUUAUAA